GGUGCCGUGAUAACUGCGGGAGCCGUGCUGGGGCCGCAGGAGCAGCCGGCGUGGGUGAACGGGAUGAGCCAAACACCCCCAUCCUGAGCAGCCUGGCCCCAAGGCAGCAGCAUGGGGUCUGGCGGUCCCCAACGCCUCCUCCGUGCGCUCUGCAUCCUCUCGGUGCUGGCCGAGCAUCUGCCCAGUGCAACAGCCCAGUGGUUUUACCCCCUGGGCGCAGAGGACACCACCCCGGAUCCAAGCGUCAGCCCCGCGGCCCCCACGGCACCUGCUCUGGACGGGGAGGAAGAUGUUGGCAGCGUGGAGCCCCCCCGGAAGGUGCUGCUGAGCAAACCCCCGCUGGCGAUGGCCCCCAGAGGCCGGCAGUCCCUUGCCAGGGGGGCAGCGAGGGGUCCGGGCCAUGCCCUGCCGCGCAAGCGAGGCCAGCACCGACCCACGGCUGCCCCAGAGAUGUUCGAGGGGAGCGCAGAGGAAGAGGAGUUCCUGCAGAUCCAGACGACGGCGAAAGGGCUGACCCAGCGGGUGCUCCUGGCCCCAGAGACAGAUCCUGCCCUCCAGAUGCACAACAGGUCCAGCUGCGUCUGCCCCGUGCGCCCCGGCCCUCCUGGUCCAAAGGGAGAGAAAGGCGACCGAGGGUUCCCGGGGGAGAGGGGCCAGCCCGGAUUUUCUGGGGAGAAAGGGAAGACUGGCAGCCCAGGGCAGCCGGGUCACCAGGGUCCCCGGGGCCCCCCAGGUCCUCCAGGACCUCCGGGGCCCCCAGGACCACCCGGCACCUGGGGAGGCAGGAGCCCACCCAUGGUCGCUGCGCUUCCCAGGGGAUCAGAGAACGAGCUGGGAGCGUCCAGCCCUGCAGGGAACCCAGGACCCCCAGGCCCCCCUGGGCUGCCCGGCCAGCCUGGACCCCCAGGCUACCCAGGCCAUGAAGGGCCCCCAGGGGUCCCUGGGCGGGAUGGGAAGCUGGGACCCCCUGGCCCUCCAGGGCCUGUGGGACCACCCGGUUUCCCCGGGGCUGAAGGAGCUCCAGGGUCUCCAGGCUCAGCAGGGCCAGAUGGACCCCCGGGGGCACCAGGACUCCCAGGACCACAAGGCCCCCCCGGGGUACCUGGGCACGAAGGACCCCCUGGUCCCACUGGACCUGCAGCACUCCCUGGCAAACCCGGGCUCCGAGGGGAGCCAGGAUUCCCUGGGUUAAAGGGCGAGAAGGGCGAAUACGGACUGCCAGGCAUGCCAGGGAGCCCCGGCCGCACCGGGGAGAUGGGCGCCCCUGGUGCGCCUGGUCCCAUGGGGCCACCAGGGCCACCGGGGGACUACAGGUGUGACUCGCGCCACGCAGGGCACCGGGAAACAGCUGGGCCACCGGGCCCCAAGGGAGAAAAGGGCGACCCUGGAGAGCGGGGGUGCUGCUACGGGGAACACGGGUGCAAACCGGGCCACCUCCCCUUCCCCGGCACCGGCAGCCAGCCCAGCUCCUGGGCGCCCAUCAGCGGGUACCAAACGGGCGGCAAAGAGGAGCCAGAGAUUUAUGGAGCGAUCAUCCCCCAUGGUCUUCGAGGUCUCCCUGGGAACCCUGGACCUCCCGGGCCCCCUGGCCCCCCUGGAGCACCAGGUCUCCUCUACUUCAACAGGCUUUACCCCAGCCGUGCCCAGCAGCCCUGCAAGCAGCCGGCAGCCACUGACACAGGCUGGGCAGCAGAUGCUGACAUCCCUCGAACGGAGCUGCCGGACUCCCGAGCUGAUCUCCAGCGCCAGACGUGGGUGUUCAGGUCCAAGGAGCUGAUGCUGAAGUCGGGCAGCGCCGUGCCCGAGGGGAGCCUGGUGUACGUGCGGGAGGGGAGCAGCGCCUUCCUCCGGACCCCCACCGGCUGGAGCCGCCUCCUGCUGGAGGAUUCAGAGUCACUCUUCGCCGGUGACGAUCCCUCCGCCUCCACCCCACAGUACCAGGCAACAAAGCGGGCGCAGAUGAAAGGUGACAACAUGGGGACACCUGUGCUGGCCCAGACGCACUCACUGGUCCAGAAGCAGGAGGGACAAGGACUGCCCCAGAUCCUGCCAACCACCAUCGCCCCACGGAUCCCCUCGCUCCGUCUGGCUGCCCUGAACGUGCCCCUGGCCGGUGACAUGAGCGGGGUCCGGGGCGCCGACCUGCAGUGCUACCGGCAGUCCCAGGAGGCUCAGCUCUACGGCACUUUCCGGGCGUUCCUGUCGGCCCCCACCCAGGACCUCGUCUCCAUUGUCAAGAGGACAGACAGGACACUCCCUGUCGUCAACCUGAAGGGCCAGCUGCUGGCCAAGUCCUGGAGCUCUCUCUUCAACGGCCAAGCUGGUGCCGUCCCACGGGGCCCCAUCUACUCGUUCAACGGGCGCAAUGUCCUGACGGAUCCCCUCUGGCCCCAGCGGCUGGCCUGGCACGGAUCCACGCCGCGGGGCGGCCAUGCCCGCCGACGGGAUUGCCAGGGCUGGCGCAGCUCAGGCCCGGGGGAGGGUUUGGCCGCCCCCCUGGGCGAGGGGAGGCUGCUGGCCGGGCAGCGGCACAACUGCUCCCAGGUGCUGGCGGUGCUCUGCGUGGAGGUGGCUUUCCCAUACCGGCACAUGUGGUGACCCCAGCACUGGUGACCCCCAUCCGCGUGCUCCAGGCAGCCCACCCUGUUCUGCAGGGCUGGGGAAACUGCUCCAUGGGCAGCGCAGGGGCAGAAAUGCAGCGUUGGAGCCGCGCAAGAGCACCGAGGGGACACGGACUCUGCGGGCAGGCUGCGCCGUGCUCGUCCCCGGCUGCACCAUCCCUGCAGAUCCCCGUGCCCCGGGGCAGCAGGGUGACACCAGCCUGUGCCUGCCCACCUCCCUGCACCUCGAGCAAAGCGAACUUUGUCACUGCCCCAGAAAUAAAGACACAAAAAAGA